CUUGUGUGCACAUUUCCAGUCAGUUGUGCUGUAGCACUUGAACCGUUAAGAUGUUCCGAAUUUUGAAGUGCCGUGAUAGCUUAUCACUGCGGGUGUUCUCCCGAUCCAAACAUACCGGCACAGUAAUUGCGAUUCGUCGCGAAGACCAAUCAGUAUGGGAACGGCGAGCCUCCUUCAGUCCAGCUGGCGUCAAGAAGCUAAUCAAACAGGGCGUUAAGGUGAUAGUUCAACCGUCCAAUCGUCGCGCCUAUCCGAUGCAGGCCUAUCUCAAUGCUGGCGCUACGGUUCAGGAGGACAUCAGCGAGGCGUCGAUUAUCUUCGGCGUUAAGCAGGUCCCCGUGGAUGCACUCAUUCCGCAGAAAACCUACUGCUUCUUCUCGCAUACCAUCAAGGCCCAGGAAUCCAACAUGCCCCUGCUGGAUGCCUGUUUGGAGAAGAACAUCCGCCUCGUGGACUACGAGAAACUGAUGGACCGGAACGGGCAGCGAUUGGUGGCAUUCGGCAAGUACGCUGGAGUAGCCGGAAUGAUCAACAUCCUGCAUGGACUUGGCCUGCGAUUACUGGCUCUGGGUCAUCACACGCCUUUUAUGCACGUGGGCCCAGCUCACAACUACCGGAAUUCAUCCAUGGCUCGCCAAGCGGUCCGUGACUGCGGGUACGAGAUAUCCCUGGGCAUGAUGCCCAAAUCGAUUGGACCGCUAACCUUCAUCUUCACUGGAUCUGGAAAUGUUUCCCAAGGAGCACAAGAAGUCUUCCAAGAGCUGCCCGUAGAAUUCGUUCCACCGGAGAGCUUACGUAAGGUAGCAGAGCAUGGCAGCCAGAACAAACUGUAUGGCUGCGAAGUGAGUCGAGCCGAUCACCUGGAACGGCGCGAGGGUGGUAGAUUUGAUCCCGUGGAAUACGAUCAGUAUCCAGAGCGAUACAUUUCGACCUUCAACAAAAACAUCGCACCAUACGCUUCGGUAAUCGUAAAUGGCAUCUACUGGGCUGUGGGAGCACCAAAGCUCAUCACCAUCCCGGAUGCCAAAAACCUGCUUAGACCGGCAAACACUCCUUGGCUACCGACGAGCCGAGGAGCUCCAGCACUACCUCACCGCAUGCUGGCCAUCUGUGAUAUCUCCGCUGAUCCGGGCGGUUCCAUCGAAUUUAUGAACGAAUGCACUACCAUCGACACGCCAUUCUGCUUGUACGAUGCCGAUCGUAACAAGGACCAGAAGAGUUUCAAAGGGCCAGGAGUGCUGGUUUGCUCGAUAGACAAUAUGCCCACACAACUGCCAAGAGAAUCUACCGACUUCUUCGGCGAAUUGCUCCAUCCAUACGCCCUGGAUAUCCUUCAAAGCGAUGCUGCAAAGCCCUUGGAAGAACACAACUUCUGCCAACCCGUGGAGGGAGCCAUCAUCUGCAGUAAUGGAAAGCUAACUCCCGGCUACGAAUACAUUAACGAGCUCCGUGAAGCCAACUUCCGAUCACGACACAAGACGGAAGGAUCGUCUAUCGGUAAGAAACGAGUUCUGGUCCUUGGGGCUGGCUUCGUCUCAGCGCCUCUGGUAGAAUACCUGCAUCGUGAAUCGAACGUCAGUAUUAAGGUGGGAUCCCAAAUCAAGGAGGAAGCGGAUCGGUUAGCUCAACGCUACCAGGGAAUCGAAUCGGUGUACAUCAAUGUCGAAGACGAAAGUGCCAAUCUACAGAAUCUAUGCGAGGAAAGUGACGUCGUAGUUUCACUACUGCCUUAUUCCUUGCACGGACUAAUUGCGAAACAUUGCAUCGCCGGAAAGACCCACCUGGUGACGGCUAGCUAUUUGAGCGAUGAAAUCAAAGCGCUAGAUAACUGCGCUAAGGAAGCUGGUGUGACGCUAAUGAACGAGGUUGGUUUGGAUCCCGGCAUCGAUCACAUGCUGGCUCUGGAAUGCAUCCACGAAGUUCAAGAAAAAGGUGGCCUCGUCGAGUCGUUUGUGAGCUUCUGUGGUGGACUCCCCGCUCCAGAACAUUCAGCUAACCCUCUGCGGUACAAGUUCUCGUGGUCUCCUCGAGGUGUUCUGCUGAACACACUAUCAGCCGCUAAAUACCUGAGUAAGGGACAGGUUGUGGAAAUCUCCGGAGGUGGUGAUCUGAUGACUGCACCUCGCGAUCUGGACUUCUUGCCUGGAUUCGCGCUGGAAGGUUUCCCCAAUCGAGAUUCUACCAAGUACCAAGACCUGUAUGGCCUGUCCGGUGUACACACGCUUAUCCGAGGAACCAUUCGGUACAAGGGUUUCUCCGAUAGUAUUAAACCAAUGCAGCUGCUGGGGCUGAUCGAUCCUAACCCACAUCCGAUGCUACACCCACAUGGACCGGAAAUCACCUGGCGGCAGCUGAUCAUUAACUUCCUUGGAUUGCAAGAUGCCGAUAUGUUCUAUGAGAACUUGAAACAUAGAUUGGCUGAGCGGGUAGGAAAUAUGGAUGGAAUCGAGCAGCUGGGACUGCUGGAAGACAACAAGGUGGUCAAAAUGGGAACUCCACUGGAUACGCUGAGUCACUAUCUGUCGGGGAAGCUAGCUUUUGGUCCAAGUGAACGUGACUUGGUGGUCCUGAGGCAUGAUGUUGGCAUUCGCUGGAACGAUGGCCGACGGGAACAUCGGGGAAUUAACUUCGUAGUCUAUGGUCAACCAUCGCUUAAUGGUGGACACUCAGCAAUGGCAGUCACGGUUGGAUUCCCAGCGGCGAUUGCAGUGAAAAUGAUCUUGGAUGGUGAAAUUCAACAACGCGGUGUAAUGCUUCCGUUCUCCCCGGAUAUCUACCGAACGAUGUUGGCACGGUUGGAAAAUGAAGGACUGGUUGCACAUACGACGUCUACAUUUUUGUGAAAUGAGUGAGAGGAGAGAGCGUCUCAUGUAAUCGGAUAGACUUGUCUGGAUGGAAGGUUUUUGUGUUUUAUGCAAGAUGCAUGAAGUUGAAGUAAAUAGAUAAGGAAGAACUUUAUAAUUUUAAGAUAAAUAAAGUGAAUUGAAG